GGAGGAAGUGCCCUAAUUGCGAAAGCUUCAAAAGAUGUGAAAUGAGUUAUCGGUACUGUAUGUUGUCUUUAUCGGUGGGUGUUGGUAGGCGUGUCGUUUAGUUCCCAAAUCACAAGUAAUUAAAAGACAAUAAUGCAUGCUACCCAUCAACCUGACUCAGACCCUCCAGGUACAAGAGCUUCCAUCCAAGCUUUUGAGACAUUGGAAAAACAGAAAAAAUUUGUGGUGUAUAAGGUUGUGGUCAACUCAGAUGGCAAAUCCUGGUUCAUAUUUCGACGUUACAACGAAUUUCAUGCUCUGUAUGAGAAGAUCAAAAAGCAGUUUCCAGAAGCAAAUUUGAGGUUGCCAGGAAAGAAGAUUUUUGGUAAUCUUGAUCCCGAAUUCAUUCAGCAACGCAGAGAAGGGCUUGAUGAUUUUAUCCAGAAGUUAACUUCACAUCCAAAAUUAUGUCAACAUCCUGAUGUUCGCCUCUUUUUGUCUUUGGACAACCCCCGCAGUGCAGCACAAGAAGCUGAUGCUGAGCAUUUUGAUGAAUGUGACACAAUGAAUGAGACAAAAGAUACCAAUCCUAUCAACUUGGGCCCAAGUGAGAAACCAAGUGUACGGCCCAGUGACUUUGAAUUUUUAAAAGUGAUUGGGAAAGGAAGUUUUGGUAAGGUUUUGCUAGCCAAGCACAAGAUGGAGCAAAAAAUAUAUGCUGUCAAAGUUCUACAAAAAGCUGCUAUCAUGAAGCGUAAUGAGGCCAGACAUAUUAUGUCAGAGAGAAAUGUAUUGCUUAAAAAUAUACAACACCCAUUCCUGGUUGGCCUUCAUUACAGCUUUCAGACACCUGAUAAACUCUACUUUGUGUUGGAUUUUGUAAAUGGUGGUGAGCUAUUUCAUCACCUUCAAAAAGAGAGAUGCUUCCCAGAACAUCGAGCUAGAUUCUAUGCUGCAGAAAUGUGCAGUGCAAUUGGCUAUCUCCACUCACUCAACAUUAUCUACAGAGAUCUAAAACCAGAAAAUAUAUUGUUAGACCCAAAAGGUCACAUUGUGCUGACUGACUUCGGCCUGUGUAAAGAAGGCAUAGAGGGCAUGGACACAACCUCAACCUUCUGUGGCACCCCCGAGUACCUUGCACCAGAAGUGUUGCUGAAGAAACCAUAUGAUAAGACAGUUGACUGGUGGUGCCUGGGUGCAGUGCUGUAUGAGAUGGUUUAUGGCCUUCCUCCAUUCUACAGCCGGGACACCACAGAAAUGUAUCAGAAUAUCCUGUACAAGCCUCUUCGUCUGCGUACUAAUGUUUCAGCUGCAGGUCGAUCUGUCCUUGAAGGGUUACUGCAGAAAGAGAAGGAAAAGAGACUUGGAGCUAAACGGGACUUUGAAGAGAUAAAACAUCAUGAUUUCUUUGCGGACAUUAACUGGAAUGACCUUGAUAGUAAGAAAAUACCGCCACCAUAUAAUCCUAAUGUGAGUGACCAGCUAGACCUCAGGCACUUUGACCCGGAAUUUGUUCGUGAACCUGUUCCUGCCUCCGUUGGAAAGUCAGUGGGUAGCAGCUAUAAACUAGUCAGUGCAAGUGUUAUGGAGGCUGAUGGUGUCUUCGAAGGAUUCUCUUACGUUCCACCAGCUGAAGAUGCCUUUCACUGAUGACUGUCUGGAGCUGUUAGCAGCAUAUUCAUUGUGUAUGUGAAGACAUGCAUGAGCACCCUAUGUGAAUUGUAAUUGAGCUCUUGUAAAGACAGACCAGGACCAUGACUACUCUAGUACAGCUUUGUGGAUUGCCAUUACCAGUUUAAUUUUCCUGAUUUUAAGAGUCAGAAUGACUGCUGAAGGUGGGAAGGCAGAAACUGUCAUAUCACAAUUGAAACAUGACUAUGUGCUAAGUCAGAUGCCAGUUUCUUCUUCAAAUUGUGCCUCUGUUAAAAAUAUUUCUUGUUUUAUAUUGGCAAGAAUUACUCCUGGUCAUAAACCGAAAGCUUUUCUUAAAUCAGUGAUGAUGCUCUGAAACACUAGUUUUAAUAGCAUCUUUGGGACAUUGAGGAAAUGUAAAGAAUUUUGUACAGAUUCAUUCAUUUCAAUGAUGAUGUCGUGCUCUAAUAAUCUUAUUUAUUGUAUUAAGAACCCCACUCAUCAGUAUCUUAAAAAUGACAACAUUGAAAGUAUUCAUUGUUAAAAUUUUCACCUGGCUGGAGACAGAAGUGUGCUUAUGGAAAAAUUUUUGAAGUAUUUAUUAUCUUUAUGUGAUAGACAUUAGUGAGAUUAUGAAAGUGUGUCUAUGAUGAUUACAAGUUGAUAUGAUUAUGUGAUUUUAAAUAAUUCACAUUUACAGAACAUUUACAAUAUAGUAUCAGGGAAAUAAUGUUUUUGUAUAAUUUAUGUGACUAAUUAUCCCCAGUAGCAAUUACAUGUGUUUUUUCUUAAGCCUGUAUGGUAAACUGUUAUCAGUACUCCUAUACUAGAACCAUUUCACAUAUAUAAUUUUUAAGUUGCAGGUGAUUGUUAAUGAAUGACUCAGUCUCUUAAGUUAUUUUAAUUUUUUUCAAAUAGCAUCUAAACUUAACAGAAAAUAUGUACUUGAAUAAUGCAUUGUCAAAUAAUUAUUACUGAAAAUUCACAUUGAUAUGACUGUAAUGGGGAUAUGCUUAAAAACACAUUUUUAACAAAACAAAAUGUUUAUUCCGAUUACAACGAAUGUAAAGCUGAUCUGAACAUUACAUUUUAAUAAAACAGUCCCAACGCUAGGCUGCUGAGAUUGAUAUUGCUGAUAUAUUGAUUUUUACAAUGGUGAAUGAAGAAUAAGAUCACCAACUGAGGGAACAAUCAAUUUUACUAUUUUCUGCUAUAAUGUACAUAGAAAUCCCCUUAGUUUUCAUCAAAUUGUUGCAAGCAGGAAAGUACAAUUUAAAAAAAAAUUUCCCGUCACCUUUCAGGUCUCUGGGACCAUGACAAUUUCACUUUGAUCAAAAAGGUUGUUUCAGUGAACAUUCAUAAUCUUGUGUGUUCUUGUUUAUAGAAACCAAUUUUCUGUGAUUUUUACUAAAUAGGCAAGAGCAUGUAUGGCUACUCCACACAGAGUGUAGUCCAUUACUAUUACAGGAUGUGCUGUUUGUUUAAAUACAAAAGAUUGAUGGUCUUUUUAUCACAGGUUUGUUACAUGCCAUGUUAAAUACUUACCAUGUUUAAAACUUUCAACAGUUUUUUUAAGAUGUCCAAAUCCUAUGUGUUAUCAAAUACAAGUAUUGAUAGUAACAGAUUGUAAGUACUAGUAAAACCUUCUCAUUAAGACCUUCCAUACUGUGACUUCUUUGUUAGAUAGACCCACAAAAAUGUUCGUUUACAUAUUUUUGUAAUCUGCUCUUUUGUAAUUAGGUGCACAAAACAUAAGUGCAGAAAUUUAUUGUUCCGCACUUCCAGCUAUCACAGCUGAAGCACAAACAGUGCACACUUCCGCUGUAAAUUGAUGAAAGUUUUCAGGCCAACCUGAAAGUUUGUUCAGAAAGGAGCCAUCUAUUUCCAAAACAUUCCCCAAUUGAAGCAAGCACAAACGUGGUAUAAGUAUCUAAUAAUAAAAAUAUUACUUGAUAAUGUCACACAUAGACAAAAGUGGGCCCACUGUAGAGUUUCAGUAGAGCAGAUCAAAUUAGGACAAAAAUUAAAAGCAUUAAACAGUCUCAAGAGUGCAAUAUGCAUUGUCUGUUACUGUUCAAUUGUUGAUGCUGUAUUCAAGACACAGGCAUGAUAUUGUUUUCUGUUGUGAUGUUUUUGAGUAAAUUUUCCAGAAAAAAUGGUUAUUUUUGUAAAAUGAAGCCAUGCCUGUUGAAAAUUUUAUUUUAAGUUGCUCAAGCAGUUGAACAUGGGGUAGUAGUAUAGGCAGGCAUUUCUUCCUCACACAAAGUUGUGUUAGGUUUUCCAUUUCUUAUGCUUUUGCAAAGUAAAGUCAUUUUAUUUCAGGAGUUUGACAGUUGAUACAAAUAUUCAUGCCUUCAUCUGUAAUUGUAUUCCACUCAAAGAAUGGCUUCUCAAAAGUGGUUUUGAGUUGAUGUGGAACAUAGCUUACCUCUCUUGUUAACAUCUCUUGUUCAUCAUUUUAAAUACUAAAGCAUGGAUGUAUCAUGUUUUAAAAUGGGGUGACACAUUUUUAAAGGAGUUUAAUUUUUACAUCAAGCUCUUUUCUGGCAUCAAGCCAAUUCUGGCAAUAAAAAUAGCAAUAUGCCAUUUGUUUUGCAUACAAAAAUGACUCAAAAAUAUUCUUAAUUUCUUAUUAGUGGCUUAGUAGCACAGUGGUUUUCAAAGUAUUUCGGACCACAUACCACCUUACCAAAGUAAAAAAAGACGACGGACCACUAAGGCCUAAAAUCACUCUGUACCGUAAAUUUCAAAUUUCAAUUGCCGCGUUUGUUUCAUUACAAUUCAAAACUAAAUGUACUUUUGUGACAGUAUUAUAGCAAUAAGUUUAUGUAAAAUUACAUACUUCGCAAAGUACACAUAAAAAUUAAAAAUAAGGAAGUGCACUGCAUUGCUAUAGGUAACUGAUGACACGGUUAAAUGAUGCAAUGCUUACACUGUGAUGUAGAGACCUAGUUGGUAAGUGAGCAUUUUAUACCAACGAGCAUCAAUAAAAUUAAAACUCGUGUGAAAUCAAUACUGGACUAAUUAGCAUAUCAUAUCUCAAAAAUAUCAUAUCUCUUUGCUAACAUAUGAUGACUGUCUGCCGUGGACCACCUGACUUAUGCGUGCAGACCACACUUUGAGAACCACUGUACUAGCAGAUAUGCAACUAAGCAAAUAUUUGUUGAACAAUGGAGAUAACUGUGACAGAUUACAUAGGACAGGAAAAAGUGCACUGCCAGAAAACCUACCACCUUGAUUGACAACAUUUGAAAUGUCUUGAAGCAAUCUUGAAACAGUGCUUCUCAUAAUUUAUUUAACACAAUCUUACCAAAGUUGUGGGCUGUUCAUUCUCAUUAAGACUUUGAAGCUUCCCAUGCAAACUGAACUAAAUUCAUGAAUGUUAAAUAGAAUGAUUAAGUAUCAGGCCAUUGACAUUUUGUAGAAUAAAGAUCUCUGAAAGCAAAUGCUGAUGUCAACAAACUACCAUACUUCACUGAAACUAGAGACCCUCAUAAACCAUGUCAACCCACCCAUGUGGACCACCAACCAGAAUAGUAUUGGCCUUACCUUGACCAUGCUGUCCCACAUAAGACUACAUCAUGCCAACACUGAAAGUCAAAUCAACCCAGGCCCAAAAGACCAAUUGAUUACUGAUGACACAAGCAACUAUUAACAUCAGAUAUUACCAACAGAGCCAUGGGUUGUUCAAACAAGUUCAGUCAUCACCUUACUAAACAAAAAUGGAUAAAUUGGCUGUGCACAGAGAACAAAUCUCAAAAUCACACAUAAAUGUAAUUUUUUUCCUCAGUUUUUUUAAGAAGCCUUUUUGUCAUUUAUUCUUUAGUGUACAGAUGUUUUGUUAACAUCAAACAGGUGUCACUGUUCAGGCAUUUAUUUAGCCUGGACAUGGAUCGAUUUAACUUUUAAUGUGAUAAUGUUGUUUUACGUGGGAUGAUAAUUAUGGUCAUGGCAGGAUUGAUUAGAUGUGGAGGGUGGGGGUUGAAAUGACCAGCCCCCAUUCAUCCAAUUAGUCAUUCCUUGACCGGCACCUGUUGUUAGGGAGAACACAUGGAUAGAUGUGGCAGCUGACAGAGCCUGCCACUCUUGCCUAUUUUGGGUGAUAGGGAAAAAGUCUUGUACAGGAUGACCACUCCAGUCUUUGAUGUUUGUAAGCCAGUUGAAGGAUAGUCUUCGACAAGGUGUUAUGCCAUGUUACAUGGAUAGAAGACCAGCUUAUGUCGCUUUAUAAUUGUGCUUACGUCGCUUGACUGUUGAAAGAAGAGGUUCCUGGUGUCCUAUGAGUGUGGCAAUCUUGUUUCUUACAAAGUCAUUGGUUCUGUGUUCUGCAUAAGAUCUGAAGAAGCCUCUGCAGGCACUUGUUUUCAAAUGACUAGAUUCUCCUUUCUGUUUUGGCGAGCAGAGCCCAUAUGUCACAUUCAUAGAGCAGGUUCUGUACUACCAGAGAUCUGUAGAGCUUGUACUUGGUAAUGAACCUGAUCUUGUGGCUAUGCCAGAUCCUAUCCAACAGCCAUCGCGGCUGUUGCUGUUGCGAUCCUGAUGUAGAUAUCUGACAUGUACUUGAAGCUGCUUACCCCUUCAAGGUGUACCCCGUUCAUAUAGAUAUCUGAUUUACCAUUGAUCAUAACUUUGCUCUUUUCAGUGCUUGUCUCCAUUCCAUAUGUGUUUGAACUGUCUAUCAGUCUUUUGGUAAAUUCUUGCAGUUUUUUCUUGCCAUUCAUUUUCAUCAUUCUUUACCAAUCGAUCAUUAUGAAAAUAAAUUUUUGUGACUGUGCUCUAUUGUAAAAUAUACAUACAGUGCAUUUUGAGCGAGCAUCUACCAUGGUACACAUGUAUUGAUUAACCUUAUCUGGAAGAGUUAUUUCCCUAUACAUCUUCAAUCAAACGCAACAGUUGUGGGAUAAGCAAGCAUAGUCGAGUGAAAACCUUAAAGAGAAGCACUAUGAAAUGGUUUUUAAUAGCUUUCAUUUCAACCAUUUGAAUUUAUCAGUGUUUGAAGUCAUGGAAGUAAUGAAUGCAAACUGGUCAAUUUCCCUGCUACUAUCCCUCUCAGUUACCACCUCAUUUGGUGGAUUUUUAGCAAAUCUUAAUAGGGUCUACUGUAUUAUUACAGAAUACUGUUUACCGCUUUUCUGUCUCACUCCUCUGUUGUGUUAUUUUCAUUAACUGAUUUUAGAUUGAUAAAAAUUAAAAAUCACUAGAGUCAAUCCCUGGAGUUAAAAUGUUUCUUGCAAAAACAAGACUUCUUUAAUUUUAAGUUACCUCUUUAAGUUACAAACUUCACCUUUUGCCCGUGCUCAAUAUGUGGACUGCUAAGGAGAGCAGUAUGCUCUUUGCUGCACAACCUGACCCUAUUCAUGGAUGCCAUAAGUGUUGCCAACUUCAGUCAUGGCUUCCAUGAGUUCUGCUGGCUGCUGAAACUAUAGUCACAAGGCAAAAUAUGGUUUUUCAUCAGCAGCUUCCCGGCCAUAUGGUAUAUUGACUAAGGAAUGAAUCAACUCCAGGUGGCAUCAUUUUGGUUUUAAGAUUCACAACUUACAGCAGCAAUAUGUCCGUUAAACAUGUUUUCUCUGUUGCUUUAAACAGAAUGUUAUGGCAGAUGCUGUAUUGUAGUGGUACAGAAACCAGAGGGAUAAAUGAGGCAGCUGCCCCUUCAAAAACGAUACAAGGAGACAAAAAUGUGAACGUUGUUCACUGUCAGCAUGGGGCUUGCCCCCUCCCCCCCACUCCCAAAAAAAAAGCCGAGCAUCUUCCUACACCACCAUACUACUUCUGCUACCUGUUUAGCACAAGUCAGAUUUCACCGGCAUUUUUACAGUAUUUUCAGUUGUUUAUAUUUCAAAAUUUUAAAUAAAAGGAAACUAACAAUAUUUGAAAUUUUUUACAAGCAUUUUUGUCAAAUUGAAAUUUCAAAGUUAAUUUACUGAUUGUAUUGCUUUUAUAACUUUUAAAGAACUGGCAAAAUCCUUCCAAGGAACUCAGGAGUUAUGUUUACUUAAUCAUUUUGCUUGGAACCCCAGCAACAGCAGACCAAAUUGAGGGUUGAUUGCAUUUGUUAAGUUUCAUUGGUAUUUGCUUAGUUACUUAAAAGCUUAAAUAUUGUUAAUAUUAUAUUUUAGCAGUACAUUUAUCAGUAAUGGGUUCAUUCUGACAUGUAAAUACAUCUCUGUCGGACUGCUUUGUUGGAGACAAAUGUUUGGUGUUAACUUCUAGAAUGAAGCCAAAGCACAAAUUUGCUUCAAAAGAAGAGUAGAUAAUGCAAAAUUUCAAGCUUUUUGGUCUGUUGCAUUUUCAGUUUAUUGCCUCAUCAUGGAAAGUGGAGGUCUAUGACUUUUGCAAAACAAAAGAAAUAAAAAGUAACUAUAUGUACUUCUGAUAAGCAUC